AUGGAGCCCUUCCCCAGUGGCGGUGACGCUAACAACAACAACAACAACAACAACAACAACAACAACAACAACAACAACGACACCACCACCACCGCCUCCUCCGGCCAUCACCACCACAACUACCACGAUGCCAGUGUCCAGCACCUCCCCAUCCCGCAAACCGUCACCGGCUCCGGCGCCAACGUAGCGCGCCGCCUCGACUGGGCGCGCAUCAUCCAAGCCAGCUUCCGCGACAUCCACUACGUGCUCGCGCCGAACACGCGCAUCCUGCACGUCACGCCCAGCAGCGCGGGGCUCGUGGGAUUCAGCCCCGCCGAGCUCGUCGGCCUGCUGCUGAGCGAGCUCGUCCAUCCUGAUGACGCGCAGCUCUUUGCGCGUGAGCUUGCCGAGGCGAGGCAGCAGUGCGCCCAGCAGCACUACCAGCAACACCAGCGGCAGCAGAGCUUCCGCUUCUUCGUGCGCUUGCAACUGCGCCUUAGCCAUGACGACGACGGCGUAGCCACCGCCUUCGACCCAGCAUACCCCUACCAACAGCUCCCCGUUGUGUCUGCCGCCAUAAAAGAAUCACACUACGCCGUCUUCGAAGCCUGCGGGCACUACCAGCCGCCCGCCCCCCUCGCCGCAGGCAGCCUCGUAGCAGGGACGCUUCUCCCCCCCUCCCUCACAACAACACCCCCCUCAGUCUCACCCACGGCGUUCGUCGCCGCCCGCGCCGGCGGGCUCUUCUUCCUCGUCGCGCGCCCGUACCCCUCGCGCCAGGGCCGCCUGCUCGACGAUUUCUUGGGCCUGCAGAUCGAGCAUGCGCAGCUGCGGCGGCAGCGCGCGGAGCUGGUGCAAGAGGAGGAGGGGGAUGGGGAUGGGGACGGGGCUGGGGUUGAUGUCAGUGCGCGAGUGGGUGCUGAUGCUGAUGCUGAUGCUGCGCUGUCCCCGCUGCGCGCUGCUGGCAUCGUGGGCGCGGGCGCGGGCGCGGGCGCCGCCUCCGCCUCCCUAAGCCCGCCGCCCUCGCUCUCAAGCGGCACCACGGCGGCGAGCUCUGGCGCCGGGCACUCGACGCCGCGCAGCAUUGCUAGCGGCAGCAUUGCUGGCAGCAGCGGAACAGGAACAGCAACAGCAACAGCAACAGUAAAAGCAGGCACAGCAGCAGGGCCAGCGUCAGGGUCCGACAAAGUCGUCAUCCGCGCCGGCGACGUGGGCAUCCCGUUCGUGGUCAAGAAGGCGGCGGGCGCGGGGCGCAAGCGCGCGAGACUGGCGGAGGAGUAUGUCUGCGUUUGGUGCAAUACGACGGAUGCGCCGGAGUGGAGGCGCGGGCCGGGCGGGCCGAAGACGCUGUGUAAUGCUUGUGGGUUGCGCUGGGCCAAGGCUAGGAAACGCUCAGCUAAUGGCCGGAACCGCGACAACGAGGACGAGGACGACGAUGAUGGUGGUGGUUGGGGCGGAGGCGCAGCUAGCAAAGGCACAGCCGGAGCGGGAAUCCGUCGUGCAAGCGGAGCUGGCGUCGGCGCUGGCGUCGGCGCUGGAGCGCUUGCCAGUGGUGGCAGUGGAGGCUGGGGCGGUGCGGGCGGGGACGGGGCUUGGGGUGCUGCGGGCGCGGGCACAGGUGCAAGCGCAAACGGACUUGCUAGCGAACUUGGUGGCGGAAGUGUGGGCAGCGAAGGUAUGGCUAUGGGCGUGGCUAUGGGAGGCGGAGGUGCAUAG